GAGAAGAAAAAAAAAUAUAGCUGCAUUUUUUGUCUUGUAAUCUGAGUGUUGACUUUGAUGUUGAUGUUGGUGAUAAUUGAGAGUUGCAUGGUGAGUCGGUAACCUUGGGACAACGUUCUUUCCUCUGGUUGAGAAAUGUCUGUAAAGCGUGUACCGGGGGAGAAGACCCGAUCUUCCAUGACUGAUCCUGGAGGAAUUUGGGUUUCCUUGAAUAUGGAAUUCCUUAAUUAGGGUUUUGCUUCCACGAUCAUGGUGGUCUGCAUCUGCAACUCUUUAGAAUUUCUGUUAUUUGGGUUCCGAUUUCGCUUCGUUCUUCCUUCCUAAAAAUAUCGGAGCUUGUGUGUACCAUGUUUCCCGGUCCCCAGAAAUGUAUUGGUGGCAGAACGCCCUUUUUUCUCAUUCGUCUUCUUCGUCUAUAGACACUAAUAAAUCCAAAUCGUUAGGUUCUUCUUCUCAUCAAAGACGUAAUGUCAGGGACAUCAAUUUCUUCAGGAACCGUCGAGGAUCGAACGGGCAACCACGCCUCACUCGACUGCGGAAGCUUCGUCAUCUCACAGACGAUGAUGUUGGGCUCUUACCCUUACCCUUGAGAAAUCUCAGUCCUCUCUCUCAGCCCAAUUCGACGUCAGUGUCUCGCUCGCCCAGCAACCCUGAUCCAGUUUCGGCCUCUGCUGGGCCUUCUUCAUGGUCAUCGGCGGUGCCGCAGCCAUUGCCGCGGCCAGAAUUGUCCGUGCUUCUUCAGCGGGAUAACUUGUUCCCCUCCUCGACGCAUUCAGGGGAUUGUCCUCUGCCUUCCCCCAGGGCGGCGUCGAGCAGAAGCAGUGGAGAGGGUGAUCGAGCAGACUAUUUGUUCGGUGAUGGGACAGAAGAUGGGGUAACUGGCCGCUCUUCCGCUUCCAGGUAUGCUUAUCAAACAAUCCGCAAAAGUACUGAGCAUGCUGAUGCACUUUCUGCCAAAUCUCCAACUGAUUGUGGUAGGAUGUUCCUUCAUGAUCCAAGUGGUGUUGAAAAUGUUCGAAGCAAUUACAUGCUGAAUGUUCCUGUUAACAGUGCUCCAGCUAGUGGGUUUUCAAGUCCUGCACGUAGCCCUCGAAGAUUUAGUACUGGCGACUUUCUUUCUUCUCCCUUUUCUCAAGGUUUUCAGGUUUGGUCUGCACCCGAGAUCCCACCCUUAGAUAUGCCAACAGGGUGGUCUCCCCGAACAUCACUAGAGAAACUUAUAUCUAGUUCUGACUGCUCGCCAAUUUAUAGUCCAACAACAAUAAGUCCUGGCCUAAACCCUAGAAGUUUAAGUGGAGCUGCAUCUCCAAAGCUUCACAAGCAGUCUGCAGAGAGCUCUUCCGCAUGGCAUGAAAGCAUUGGUCAUGUCACAGUCCACCCAUUACCCCUCCCUCCAGGAGCUACAGUAACUCCACAGCAAAAUUUUGUUCAUCAAGCUACAUCUAAGCCAGAUACAUCAUCAAUGACCAGUCAGUGGCAAAAAGGAAAGGUUAUCGGGCGUGGUACAUUUGGAAGUGUUUAUGUUGCCACCAACCGAGCAACUGGAGCUCUUUGUGCUAUGAAAGAAGUUAAUCUGAUCCCGGAUGACCCUAAAACUGCGGAAUGCAUAAAGCAACUAGAGCAGGAGAUCAAAGUUCUUAGCCAAUUAAAGCAUCCAAAUAUUGUGCAGUAUUAUGGCAGUGAAAUAUUUGAGGAUCAGUUUUAUAUAUAUUUGGAGUAUGUACAUCCAGGAUCCAUUAGUAAAUAUGUUCGUGAACAUUGUGGAGCUAUUACAGAAUCUGUGUUGCGCCAUUUCACCUAUCAUAUUCUUCAUGGGUUGGCUUACUUGCAUAGCACAAAGACAAUCCACAGGGACAUCAAAGGAGCCAAUUUGCUUGUUGACGCAUCUGGUGUUGUUAAGCUUGCUGACUUUGGAAUGGCAAAGCAUCUUAGUGGACAAGUGGCUGAACUUUCUUUGAAGGGUAGUCCAUACUGGAUGGCGCCAGAGGUCAUGCAGGCUGUGAUGCAGAAGGAUCUUAACUGUGAGCUUGCUCUUGCAGUUGACAUCUGGAGUUUGGGCUGCACAAUUAUUGAGAUGCUGACUGGGAAACCUCCUUGGAGUGAGUUUGAAGGGGCUGCAGCUAUGUUUAAGGUUAUGAAAGAAUCCCCUCCAAUACCAGAAACAUUAUCACCCGAGGGCAAGGAUUUCCUUGAGUGUUGCUUUCGAAGAAAUCCUGCUGAGAGGCCAUCAGCCAGCAAGUUGUUAGGACAUUCUUUUCUGAGGACUCUACACCAUCUAGAUGUUCCUAUUUGUAGCCAAGCAUUCUCUGGAAUGAAGUUGGCGGACAAGGCUAACAGUCCAAAAGAGUGGACUAAGAAUAAAACUGAUAUGUUGAGACUCUCACCAAACAAACAGACAACAAAAGGAAAACAGGCAUCAAUUGGUGCUACUGCUCAACAAUCUUAUACUGAAACUUGCGACUCCACAGAGGUAUCUCGCCAUUCUCCUCGAUCUACUCUUGAGGCACUUCCAAGUUUAUCUCCUCCACAUUCAAACUACCUGACACAGAGUCCCAGCUCUUCACCAAAGGUUCUCAACGGUAUACACCUGGGUGCUGGAAGCAACCAUUUCUUUGCUCUCCCGAGGACUCAUGGAAGGGAUGUCACUCACCCUUUCUGAAGUGGGUUGAUGGUAUUAUACCGUAGUUCUCUCUUAGAAUAGUUCAGUUCCUUCAUGUGAACGUGGAGUGACUAAAAGUAGUUCUAUUUGUGAAUCUGAAUCAGAACUGUGGAAGGAUUGAUCAUAUGUGCAUCUGCUGCUUGUGGACAUCAACUCCCAGUCCUGUAAAGGUUCAGAGAGAUGGUGUGGUUUUGCUCCUUUUUUUUUUCUUUUUUUUGUUAAGGUUGAAAAUCCAUCUCUAGGUUGGAUAUUGAAGCAGGUAGGGCCUCAGCAACAAAAGUUCUUAGUUUAUGCUUACCCUUAGUUUCCUUCUUAUAGAUGUACACAAAAUUCAACCAAAGUGAAUUUGUAGAUAUUAGGUUCAGGAGUUCUCCUGGUGGUCACAUAACCUGCAUUGUAUCUUUUCCAUGUAUACAAGAAACUCCAAGGAUGUGAUGUAAUUUGUUGCUUACAAUAGUCAUUACCGGCUUCAUGGUUAUGGUA